CGUACCGGGUACGUAUGCGGACGUACAGCAGGCGUGCAGCAGUGAUAAUCUUUUUUAGGAAGACCGUAAAUUUAUAAACCGGACAUAACAAUCACAGUAAUUUUAAGUUUCGUUGGACAUCCGGAUAGAAUUUUCACUGAAUUUGAUCAUGGCUUCUAGAAGAUGGUUCCAUCCAAAUAUAUCAGGAAUGGAAGCUGAACAGCUCCUUCUAAACAAUGGUUUUGAUGGAUGCUUUCUGUGUCGACCAAGUAAGAGUAAUCCAGGUGAUUUCACAUUAUCAGUCAGGCGUAAUGGAGAGGUGACCCACAUCAAGAUCCAGAACACGGGUGAUUUCUUUGAUUUGUAUGGAGGUGAAAAGUUUGCUACUUUGGCUGAGCUGGUGCAGCAUUAUACAGAAGGGAGGAAUCAACUUAAAGAACGAAAUGGUCAGAUGAUUGAACUCAAAUAUCCUCUCAACUGUGCAGAUCCAACCAAUGAAAGAUGGUUUCACGGGCAUAUCACUGGCAAGGAAGCAGAGAAAUCCUUGAUGGAUAAAGGAAAGAAUGGAAGUUACCUUGUUAGAGAGAGCCAUAGUAAACCUGGUGAUUAUGUACUUUCUGUACGAACUGAAGAUAAAGUCACCCAUGUCAUGAUCAGAUGUCAGGAUACCAAGUAUGAUGUUGGUGGAGGUGAACAGUUUGAAACCUUAACAGACCUGGUAGACCAUUAUCGAAAAAACCCAAUGGUAGAAACAACAGGAUAUGUGGUGCAUCUCAAAGUGCCUUUUAAUGCAACCAGGAUAUCAGCUUCUGGAAUCAGGAAUCGAGUUGAAGUCUUAGAGAAGGAAACAAACUCUAGAGAAAACUCAAAGAAAGCUGGAUUUGAAGAAGAAUUUGAGGCAUUACAACUGUUGGACAACAAGCAUCUUCUCCCAAGAAAAAUUGGAGAUAAAGCAGAAAAUAAGAGCAAGAACCGUUACAAGAAUAUACUUCCAUUUGACCAUUCAAGGGUUAUUAUCAACGAUGGCUACCCCGGUGACUACAUCAAUGGUAACUAUAUUGAUUUACCAAAGGCAUGGAAGAACAGUAUUGAACUUCAACAACAAGGUGAAAAUGUAGAGAAGAUAGACAUGAGUUGGGAACAUCAGAAACGUUACAUUGCUACACAAGGUUGCCUCAAGGACACAGUACCAGAAUUCUGGAGAGUGGCUUGGCAAGAAAAUUCAAGAGUCAUCGUCAUGACAACUAAAGAAGUAGAAAGAGGGAAGAAUAAAUGUGUACGUUACUGGCCUGAUGCUAAUACCAAGAAAGACACUGGAUUGAUAACAGUAACACACAUCUCUGAACAAAGUAUGGCAGACUAUGAUCUAAGAGAAUUCUCACUCUCUCAUAAAGACUUUCCUGAUGAAUCCAGACCAAUGUUCCACUUUCACUUUAAGAGUUGGCCUGAUCAUGGUGUUCCUUCUGAUCCUAGCAGAGUUCUUAACUUUCUUCAAGAUGUCAACAAAAAACAGGAAACAUUCCCUGAGGCUGGUCCCAUCAUUGUUCAUUGCAGUGCUGGUAUUGGAAGAACAGGAACAUUCAUAGUCAUUGAUAUCAUUCUCAACCUUAUUAAGCAACAUGGUCUUGACUGUGAGAUUGAUAUCUAUAAUACUAUCAGGCUUGUAAGACAGCAACGCUCAGGUCUGGUACAAACUGAAGCACAGUAUAAGUUUGUAUACAGGGCUGUUCAGCAUUAUAUUGAGACUCUAUCACAAAGAGUAGCUGCAGAGCAGAAUACAUUGAAGACUGGCCGUGAGUAUAUCAAUACUAAGAGAGCACACUAUGAGGUUCAACAGCAUCCAGGCUCUACACCUAUCAUGUCACAACCUCUCCUCAAUGAAGAAAAGAAUGUUUAUCAGAAUGUUGGUCCUAUUAACAAGUCAUCACCUAUUCCUCCAAGAUCACGUCCAGCGCAGCCUCCAGUCCCAAAGUCCAACAAUAUCAAAUAACAAGUCCAGCAAUCGGUCUCUUCUCUUAACAGGCUCUUCCAUUUUCAAUUCUGCUAUAGAUGCUCUCUUUUCUAAGGUGCACAUUGGUAUAGGAAGAACACUUCUUUAUAAAGCAUGUCAAAAAUAUUCUAGUUAAUACAUCUCCAUUUCCUGAACCAUGUAAAGGUUUUCAAUAUCACCUUAAACCAACAAUAAGAUGCAAAGUUUCUCUUAAAAAUUUCAACGGAGUCUUCAAAAAGUAAAAAUUAAUAAAUUAAAAAAUUACGUUAUCCAAAAGAGUAAUUCUUCAUAUUGUCAAAUUUUGAAGUUGUAAAGUUAGGGGGGAUGAGAUACAAGAGUUUCUCUGACACAUAUUUUGUGGAUUGCUUUGAAGUUUCACUGAGAUUUGACAGUGUCCGUAUCUCAUGCUUGACUGACCCACAAACUUCAGAAUUUGCUUGAACCUUAUAUUUUUUGAAGCUUUCACUGAAUUUCUUUUGCAUUCAAUCAGGUAUGUGGGUGGUUUAUUCUUGAUUUUUUGUGACAUGUUAUCAAUGUAAGCUUAGGAUUAACUUUUUCAAGCUCCAUAAAAAUAUCAUAAUUCAUUCUGUGCUACGUAUUGUUGGUUUUGUGAGAUAGCUGAUCACAAAUAGAAAACCUAUAGACAUUUUGUUAUUAUCCUAUGUAAUUAGAUUUGUGAAAGAUUUAUUUGGUUACACCCAAAAAUGGCAAAGAUUUUUUUACAUAUAUUCAGAAUAGUCUAAUAACUACAAUAUUUUACAAUAAAUGAAGAAAAUAAUGAUCUUGUAUAUUCAGAUUACAUGGCUAAUAUAGCUCAUUUCUUUAGUCAAGUUUUAUGACAAUUUAAUAGAUCUUAGUGUUUGGCAUUGGAUGAAGUAAUUGACAUUGCAUGGAAGAAUUAAUUGAUUUUAAAAAUACAAAUAUGAUGUCAGCUAUCAUGUGGAUUUAUGAAGAAAUAUGCAAUGUCUUUUUCAUUAAAGUGAUAUGCUAAUCCAAAGAGGGUCAAAUAUGGCACAUGAAAAUGGAUAUUUAUUUUCCCUCUCUAUUUUACAGCAUUGUAUAUAAGAUUGUAUGAGAGUGGUUACAAUUUCAGUUGAUAUCAAUAAUUUUCAACUAUCUGUUAUUGUGAAGACAUAUUUUCUCUUCUUUAGUUGAAAAUACUAUAUAUUUUUUAGUUCUUUUAUACUCUGCAUUGAUCAUGUUGUUAAAAAUGUUAUUUGUCAAUAAUAUUUACAUUUCCCAGGCUACAUGAUUAUAUAUUCCUUAUUUAAUUACAAUCUCAUAUUUCAUAUGACAUGACAAUGAAUAAUAUAUAUUGUAUACUCUCUGUGUUCUGGAAUAUGCUACAGAUAUGUGCUGUAUAGAGUAGAACAUAAACUUGAAUACAUUCAAUCUAAUGUAACAAAAUGAGGUUAAUUUAUUGAUUUGAAUGUAUCUUCAAAUGAAAUGAUCAAAUUUGUAUCUAUUGUGUAUGUACAUUACUGUAUGAAGCAAUCUUGAAAGAAAAAUGGCACAACUCUCUAAAUAAUGCACCUGAAAUUUAUUUUCUAAUGAAAUUAGCUUGAAGGGGUGAGGUAUUGUGAUGAAGUUAGAGUAGUAAAUGGUGCUGUAGUCCUAUAAUAUCAGAUAAAUUGAUGCACUAUUGUACAUAAGCUUGUUUUUUGGAAUAGAAUUCAGAUUUGUAUGAUCAUUUUAUUGACAUGUUAAUUUAAUUAUCAUUGCAACAUGAUAACAUGGACAAAAAUUAGUUGACAGCAUAAUUCACCCCUUUCCUACACAGUGAAAUAAAGAGAUUAGUAUGCUGUUUAAGCCUGUCACUCUAACAACUAUAUUUUGAAACUAACAAAUUUUUAAAGCUUUUUGAACAACUUGUUUAAACAAUAGUUGUUAGAGUGAUGAGCUAGACAACAUGCUAAAAAAUUGAAUCAUUGU